AUGGCGACGUACCGUUCCAAUGCCAGCUAUGAUACAUCAGAGAAGCCCAUCCUGUCACCAGCACAAGGCGGCGCCCCACCGCCUCCGUCCGACACUUCGCCAGCCGUGCCCUCCGAUGUCAUCUACAAACUCCUUGGCUUCACACUCAUAGGCAACGCGACGUAUGCAGGCGCAUUUGCAGCAGUGAUGGCCAAUGUGGUGUUGAUCGCGUACAUCGUCGUGGCGAUGCGGGAGGAUACAGGAGGCGACGCUGGCCGUCCUGGCGGUGGCUAUAAGGCCGGGAAGAUCGUGGACGGUAGCAAGAAAGGGCAGUGA